UCGGAACGUAUCAAGUAUUGGUAAUCCCUGUAAGGAUAAUGCUAGCCUUUAUAUCCGUCAGUAUCGAUGUGUAAACAAUGUCAUUAAUUCAAUGUCGUGAGAAAAAGCAUUGUGCAGGGAUGCUUAGGUUCCAUUAGUGCUGGAAUAUCCGUCUAAUUAUCAACAUAGCUUGCUGAAUGACAAAAGCCGAAGCGUUUAAUGGCCAUUGAUUUGUUUGGCUAUCUGUCUUGUUUGUUCAAUCACCCACCAAGACUGAACAAAUUAUUCUCACGUGUCUGGUGGUUUUCUAACGCCAGCAAGCUAACAAACUUGAAAUGUAGAUAGGAUUUAAUAAAACUGUGAGGAUCAGUGCCUCAUUACAUUCAAAGGGGACACAGGAAGAUGAAGCUCCUGUAUGUGCUGGUGCUGUUGGCCCUGUGUAGAUCUGCAGCAGGCAGUAUUGAGGGGAUGAAGAGACUGUAUAGCGACAUGUUUGGAAACUACAGCACUAAAAUCAGACCAGUAUACAACCAGAGUCAACAUGUUGACGUUCACAGCAGAUUCAACUUGGUGGCCAUAACUGAAGUAGACCAGGUCAGACAGAUCCUCCACAGCAACAUGUGGAUGAAUCUAACAUGGCGGGACGAGUUUCUCACCUGGAAUCCUGAGGAUUAUAGCGGCAUAAAGUCUAUACAUCCUCCACUGACUGACAUAUGGAGACCGAAACUCAUCGUACCAGUGUCUGUUGAGGAUCGGGAUGUCUUCAAAGACGAGACAUCCUCCAUUACAGUUUACAGCGACGGCAGAGUAACUUGGUUACCUGGGGCAAACUUUGUUACUGACUGCAAGUUAGAUCUGACGUUAUUUCCAUUUGAUGUUCAGACAUGCCAGUUCCGAUUUCUACCCGUCAGCUAUGAUUCAAACGGGCUGCAAAUGGUUUCAUCACUGAUUACUGCAAACACCCAAGAGUACACAGAAAAUGGAGAAUGGAUUCUUUCAGCUUCCAGAGCAUACACUACUGAAAGAUUUGUUGUAGAAUCAAGGUUCUCAUUCCUUUACGUUGCGAUUGAUCUUGAAAGGCGUCCGAUGUUCUUUGUCCUCAAUGUAAUACUUCCUGUGGUGGUGCUUUCAUUUCUCAACAUAUUCGUCUUCUCACUUCCGUGUGACUGUGGCGAGAAGGUUUCGUAUGCCAUCACGUGCCUUCUCGCUCUGACUGUAUUCAUGAGCAUCGUGAGUGAACUACUUCCCAAAUCGUCCGACAACAUCCCAAUGGUCACCCUGUAUCUAACGUGUCUCCUUGGAAUCAGCGUUCUGUCCGUGGUCACCACCAUCUUCAUCGUCAUGAAAGAUCCUGCGAAGGUCAACAAGAAAAAUCCACAAUCGGCAUUGUUCAUGAUACCGCGUUUUUGCUCCGUACCAUUUCCAGGAAGUAGACGCAGGGUCAUGGACCAGGUUCAUCUGGAUUCCAAAACCAAUGGUUCGGCCGGCAGUGGGAAUCCAACUGGAAAGGUUCUGGAAGGUCGGAGUAUUUCUGUUGGGUACUGUGUAACUGCUGACUCUCUGUGUAUGGUUAUAUUCACGGUUCUUUGGAUGGUUGUGUCUGUGGGAUUCCUCGUCCAUAUAACACAAUAAAGGAAUCUUCUCAUGACUUUCUGCCAGUAUGAUAAAGUCUCAAACUAUCUGUAACUGUUGUACUGAAUUAACAUUCAAGGGUAUUUUGAAGCAACAUCCACCACAACCGAGCUUGACGGACAUGAUUUAGGCACAACCUUUGACAAUUUCCCCGAUACGUUGCGUCAAGAUAGGUCAUUUGUCGGUACGACGUAAUCGUAUCUCGCAAUGACGUUAGCGAUCCCUGACUGUGUUGCGGUGGAUACGACAAGGUCCUGUGAGAGUCUGAGUUGUGGUUACUGCAGCCUUGAACCUGGGCCACUCGUGUUCAUCUUUCUUGGCGUUUUGGCGCGUGGACGUCUUGCACAUGGGCCCCCGGAAACGUCAUCAUUGUCUGUACAGCGACACAGCCAUCCGACGUUGUAACAGUCCCCCACGGGCCAACCAGUCGUACAGUGAUAUAUUGAGA